GCGCGCGCCGCCGCCGCCGCCCGCGCGGCCCCUGACGCCGGCCGAGGCGCCGCGCCGCUGCGGCUGCGGGCGGCGACGGCUGCACCAUGGGCCGGUUGCUGCGGGCGCUGCGGCCGCCGCUGCUGCUCCUGCUGGCCGGGGGAGCACUCCUGGGCCUGUGUGUGGCCGGAGCAGAGGAGCCGGGCCCCGAGGGCCUCACGUCCACCUCCCUGCUGGACCUCCUGCUGCCCACCGGCCUGGAGCCGCUGGACUCGGAGGAGCCGAGCGAGGCCCGGGGCCUGGGGGCGGGCCUGGGUGCGGCCGGCUCUGGCUUCCCCAGCGAGGAGAGCGAUGAGUCCCGCAUCCUGCAGCCGCCGCAGUACUUCUGGGUGGAGGAGGAAGAGCUGAACGAGUCCAGCCUGGACCUGGGCCCCACUGCAGACUACGGCUUCCCAGACUUGACGGAGAAGGCGGGUCCCAUAGAAGACGCCAGUCAGGGCCAGGAGGGGCCCAGCCUCCCCUCCCCCCUGCCCAAGAUGAACCUGGUGGAGCCCCCCUGGAAUAUGGGUCCCGAAGAGGAGGAGGAGGAGGAGGAAGAAGAGGAGGAGGAGGAAGAGGAAGAGGAGCAGGAGAAGGAGGAGGCUGAGAAGGAAGAAGAAGAGGAGGAGAAGGAGGAAGAGGAGGAGGAGGGAGAGGAGGAGGAGGAGGAGGAGGAGGGGCUGCUGUCUGUGAAGGGACCCCACGGAGAAGCCCAAACUCAGGCCCACACGUUCUCCCCCACCAGUAGCAGCCUCACCCCUGCGCCCCCCAAACACAGGCCGGAAGAUUCUGGGGACCCGGCCUCCUCGGGGGUGGAGGUGGGGAGCACCGUGGCCCCCCACCUGCUGCCGCCCUCGGCCGCCCCAAGCGCCGAGUCUCCGGGAGCACCGGACUCCAGUAGCCGGGAGGGCCACGGGGGGCAGCCCGAGGCCACCGUGGGGGCAGCAGGCCCGACCAGCGUGUGGGAUGAGGGCCCGGCCUGGGCUUCCUCGCCUCACACUGAGGCUCCCAGCCGGGCCCCCAGCCCGGACCCCCUGCAUCCUGGGGUCUCGGCCUCCCCCCCCACCACUCCCCAAGACCUGGAACCGGCCGCCUCCACCGUUCCCCUGGGGUGGGACCACCUCGGACACCAGGCCCCUGACGAUGACAAUGAUGAAGAUGACGACGACGUGGCCACAGAAGCUCGCUCCAGCAUGCCCUGGGAUUCCACUCAGGUGAUCUGCAAAGACUGGAGCAACCUGGCAGGGAGGAACUACAUCAUCCUCAACAUGACGGAGAACCUGGACUGCGAGGUGUUCCGGCAGCUCCGGGGCCUGCAGCUGCUGGCGCUAGUGGAGGAUGUACUGCGCCGUCACGGUAGUGGCCACGCCGGGGACUGGCACAUCUCCCUGAGCAAGCCCAGCGAGAAGGAGCAGCACCUGCUCAUGGCCUUGGUGGGCGCGCAGGGGGUGGUGCCCACCCAGGAUGUCCUGUCCAUGCUGGGUGACGUCCGCAGGAGCCUGGUAGAGAUUGGCAUCCAGAACUACUCCAUGACGAGCAGUUGCCAGGCCCGGGCCAGCCAGGUGCGUAGUGACUACGGGACGCUCUUCGUGGUGCUGGUGGUCAUCGGAGCCAUCUGUGUCAUCAUCAUCGUGCUGGGCCUACUCUACAACUGCUGGCAGCGCCGGCUGCCCAAGCUCAAACAUGUGUCCCACGGGGAGGAGCUGCGCUUCGUGGAGAACGGCUGCCACGACAACCCCACGCUGGACGUGGCCAGCGACAGCCAGUCGGAGCUGCAGGAGAAGCAGCCGAGCCUGAACGGCGGCGGGGCGGUCAACGGCCCCGGGGGCUGGAGCGCGCUCAUGGGGGGCAAGCGGGACCCCGAGGACUCGGACGUGUUCGAGGAGGACACGCACCUGUGAGGCACCGGAGCCGCCGCGCCCGCAGCAGCCCGCGCGGGUCCCCCGCUUCCCACUGACUGUCCCCACGC